AUGCAUGAUCCUCGCAGACACAGUUCAUCUGACGAAUCUGACAAUGGCAACGAACAGCUGCUACAAAUGCAGGUAUGAAGUGUUUUCCUGAUUUAAUUCGUUUGUGUAACAAUUCAAAGUGCGUUGAGAAGUAUAGCAUUUAGAAACCAAAGGAGAGUCAACUCUCCAAUAUUUACAAUGCCGUCUACAAAAAUCUUCAUUUACAGCAUUGCUAUGAUGAUAUUAAAUAUGCAGUUACUGUAGAAAAUAUACCAUUCUUGGCUUAUAAGUGUUAUGGAUUUUAGAAUGUCAUAAAACUUAUCGAUGACGUGCAAGGCCGUCGCUAGGGGGUGUGGGGGUGUAUAUAACACCCCCCUGAAAAUUGUUUGUCGGCAAAUGAAGGGUUUUGUCGGCAAAUAAAGAAUUCUAAAGAGAAAAUUCCGGUAGGUUGUAAAUUAAUUAAUUAAUUAAUUAAAUUUAUUAAAUGAAGGUAAAUUAAUCGUGGUCUGCAAAAAUUCCACCCCAAAAAAUACAAAUUGUACAUAGCAUUGUGCGUUUAAGGUGUUUUUUGGGGGGAGGGUUGUCACUGGAAAUUUUGUCGACGGGGGGAGGUCAUUCAACUUUUUUGGAAAAUUUUUUUAUGGGAAUUUCGUCGGCAAAUGUUAUACUACACCCCCCCCCCCCGACCAAGUCUCUUAGCGACGGCCGUGAUAGCGUGUGAAUUUAUGAAGAAGAAUUUCAAGAAUUUAUGUGUGAGGAUUGCAUGUAUUUUGGGUAGCAACAAUUGAGAAUAUAAUAUAACGUUUUGUUAGUGAAUUCAAUUUAUUUUAACUGUUUUUAUAUAGGAAAAUCAAGAUCCUGACCAAUGGAGAAUGCAACGAAAGCUAGAUAUUCCAGUCAUUUUGUUGACAUCCAAUGAAGCAAUCCUACUUGUAGGAAAAGUGUUGGUAUCGUCAGUUGAUCGACCAAAUUUGAAGGAAGCUUUUCUGGCAUUGAUUGGCUUGUUUUAUCUUUUAGUCCUAGAUUACCCACCAAACCAUGAAUUUGGUUUUACUAUGUUGCAGUUUUUGAUUUUCGGCGACGAAUCAGUACCCGCUGAAAUUUCGAAAACAUUUAAUACUAUGCUGCCAGAUUAUCAAAAUUUCAAACAUUCGAAUGAGGGAUUAAUGCAUGUACUACAAUGA